AGAACUGAUCCUGUAGAAAUGGGUACGAUUUUUUUUUUGGGUGCAAGUGAGUAUUGGCGCGAGCACGACCACGCUUCACUAGUAUGAGAGUAGAGGAAGGGCACGAAUUGAAAGCCAUCUGCAGCUUUGCUCCUCUGCACACAUGUCCGGUUGCUUUCCGGGCUGCCUGUUUUUUGGAGUUUGUGUAUGUAGUGACUUUUGGUUUCCUGUUUUUUGGUGAUGGCUUUCCUGUUUGGUCUGUCUUUUCCUUCCACUAUGUAGCACUGUUAGGCCCUAUGAAAUACAGCACUGGUCGCGAAUGCCGAAGCUGAGAUCUAAAGCCCGCGCCAAUAAACCUCGCCAUCUCGAUA